CAGUGCGGGGGCACGGGGGCGGGCACAGCCCUAUAAAGCCAACAGCACCAGGACCGCUCCCCAACCUGCGGUGACGCCGGAGGCUGCACAAGAUGAGGACGCUGGCAAUGAGCCUGGGGCUGGCCCUGCUCUGCUUGCUGCACACAGAGGCUGCAGCCACAGAGCCAGACAGGAGCGAGGUGACCUGCGGAAUACCGGGGAAGGGAUCGUGGGCUCUGCUCACCGGGAUUGCAGGGAAAUGGUAUAUCGUUGCUCUGGCCUCCAACUCCGAGUUCCUCCUGCGUGAGAAGAGCAAGCUGAAGAUGGCAAUGGCCAGAAUCUCUUUCCUGGGAGAGGAUGAGCUGAAGGUCUCCUAUGCUGUCCCCAACCCAGAGGGAUGCAGGAAAUGGGAGACAACUUUCAAGAAGACCAGUGAUGAUGGUGAAGUCUACUACUCAGAGAAAGCUGAGAAAAUGGUGGAAGUGCUGGACACUGACUACAAGAGCUAUGCAGUAAUCUUUGCAACUAGGGUGAAGGAUGGGAAGACCUUGCACAUGAUGAGGCUCUACAGCAAAAGCCGUGAGGUGGACCCUGCAGCCGCAGCGAUCUUCAGGAAGCUUGCUAGGGAGCGGAACUACACCGAUGAGAUGGUCACCAUGCUGCCCAGCCAAGAGGAAUGCAGCAUCGAUGAAGUGUAGGCGGCACGUGAUGGCUGAUGGAUGCUGCUUCCCAGACAAAACAAGACUAAUGUGCCAAAGCUCCAGGCUGCUGCUCUGCUGCCCCUAUCAUGGCUCUGAGGCAUGUCCUGCUUCACCAGCACACUGUCCCUCUUUUUGCCAAAAUAAACAGAAACUUUCCCAAGA